AUGACGCAGGAUCACAAGAAGCACACCUUCCCCCAAUUCGACGUCGUUUCGGAUUUCUCAGAUCAUCACUAUCUAUAUCAUAAUUCGGCUCCGUCGAAGCUGAAAGCGGGGAAUUCCUGCUUCAAGGUGAUCAGUAAGGAGUGGCGGAUCCUCCAGGAGAAUCUACCCGAAUCCAUUUUCGUUCGGGUCUCCGAGACCCGCUUCGAUUUACUCCGUGCCGCCAUCGUCGGUGCUGCCGGCACACCCUACCAUGACGGUGUGUUUGUCUUCGACAUCGCCGUCAUGGCCACUUACCCUGAAGAACCUCCCAAGGUUCAUUACCGCUCAUACGGUCACCGGAUCAACCCGAAUCUCUACAGCGACGGCAGCGUCUGCCUGAGCCUCCUCAACACAUGGAUGGGCCGCCGGAGUGAGCGGUGGAACCCGAAACAGUCGACAUUAUUGCAGGUGCUGCUAUCUCUCCAAAGUCUCGUCCUCAACGAAAAACCCUACUUCAACGAGCCUGGAAGAAAAUACUUUGGGACUGAAAAAUCGUCGGAGUAUUACAAUCAGGAAGCGUUCUUUCUCACCUGUACUACCACUCUCAACUUGAUUCGGAAUCCUCCGAGGAACUUCGAACCCUUGAUUGACCACCAUUUUCGCGAGCGAGCAAAUGCGAUUCUGGCGGCGUGUGAGGCGUACGUGAACGGGCGCGUGGCGGCCGGGCUUUACGGCUGUGACGAGUCGGCUCCGCCGAGGUUUGAAAUCCGGAGGCAGUUUCAGCUGGAUAUGGAAUUUGUGUAUCCUCAGCUCGUUGCAGAAUUCCGACGGAUAGGGGCUACUGUGCCGCUCGCCGACCAACAUUUGUCUGUGAUACGGAACCCGCCAGUAAUUUUAGACAAGCCAAAGAGGAAAGGAGUUUUCAAGAGGUUGAUUGGGAAGAUAAAAAAUGUUUUGGGAUUGAAGAAGAACAGAAGUGAGAAAAAGGCAAGUUUUGAAGAAUAA